CAUCAGACAGCAUAAAUUUUAUUCCGAAAGUUGUCUUGGUUGCCGUCGGACGUAGAUAAAGGAAAAUCCAUCCCAAUCAUCCUGCAAAUACAGUUUUUCGCUUCUAGCCUGCUCAAUUAGUGUGUAUCAGAACUAGUGCUUGGUGCUUUCAUCGAAUUUCCUCACCGUCACUCGACAAAAUCCAGCCAGAAGAUGUCCCAUCAAACCGGAAUCAAGGCUAACGCGGAGCUGCUCAAGUUCUUCGGAAAAUGCAAGGACGGAAAAACUCGAGUGCUCAAGGUUUCCAUCGAGAAUGAGGAACUCGCCUUAGUUGAUAACAAGGCGGUGAAAAAAGAUUGGGAGAAGGACUACGAUGCACUAGUAAAACCACUAGUUGAAGACGAUGUCCCAUGUUACAUUUUGUAUCGACUUGACUAUAAAAUUCCCACCGGAUAUGCCUGGCUCCUGUUGAGCUGGGUACCUGAAUCGGCUACCGUGCGGCAGAAGAUGCUGUAUGCUUCAACCAAGGCCACUCUUAAGCUGGAGUUCGGUUCGGGCCACAUAAAGGAAGAGCUGAAUGCCACCACCAAGGAGGAAACCACUCUUAAAGGCUACCAGAAGCACAAGAUCGACUUCAGCGCCCCGGCCCCAUUGACCAGCCGGGAAGAAGAGCUCGCGGAAAUUAGGAAAAGCGAAGUCAAGACAGAUUUCGGAAUCGACACCAAACAGAAGACGCUUGGAGGCAUCAAUUGUCCAAUUUCCGACCCGACCAGCCAAGCGCUAGUCGAUAUGCAACGAGGAGCCUACAAUUAUCUGCAGUUCCGGAUCGAUCUGGACGAGGAGAAAAUCCACGUGGUCAACGCUGCCAACAUCGACAUCCUAAAACUUCCAUCGCAGAUCCCGACGGACCAUGCUCGGUACCAUCUCUACUUGUUUAAACACCAGCACGAAGGCAACCACCUGGACAGUGUGGUGUUCGUAUACUCCAUGCCCGGCUAUUCUUGCUCGAUCCGGGAACGCAUGAUGUAUUCCAGCUGCAAGGGACCGUUCUCGGCCACGAUCGAAAAUCACGGCAUAGAGAUAACGAAAAAGAUAGAAAUCGACAACGGCGAAGAACUUACCGAGGAGUUCUUGUACGAAGAGCUGCACCCCAGGAAGUUGAAUUUGAGGCCACAGUUCUCCAAGCCCAAGGGACCACCCAGCCGGGGCGCCAAAAGACUGACCAAACCACAGGCCACUGAAUAAACUGUUUCGAGAGGUUUCACUCGCAUCACACCCGCAGAAACAAAUGCAUGCAAUUCAUACAUUUUAGGCAUUUCUUUUUUUUUUUUUACUGCUUCACACAGGUUCCGUUUCUGGGCCCAUAACCGAGUGUUCGCGCUAGAGUACUAACCAGCAUCCAUUUAGCAAUGAGUUUUUAUGUAGAGAAGCGCAUCUCUUGCCCCAUUCGUGUAAUCGUAGACCUCUAUGUUCCGCUGUGUGUUUGUUUUAGAUUUUAACACUUUUUUGUUGCAGUAAUAAAAAUGCAAGAAAAAAAAAACGUAAAAGUAGACAGAAAGAAUAUAUUAAGAGCACGAGUGCUGAUUGUGUUUUUGUAUGAUAAGUAGUAUUUAUAUUCGAUCUCGGAGGUAGCCUUUCCUUUGUAGAACCUUUUAACGAACGAGUAAUAGGAUGGCAAAAUGAGAUUACGAGGCUGAUCAGGUGCACGGUGCUACCAAAUUUCAAGCAGGCUUCGUCGACGGAACAAAAUCAAACAAGUCUCCCUCCCUCAAUCAACCAACGUGAAACUGGAACCCUAGGAUCACGAGUGAUGCAAUUUUAAAAUGCGAGGUCGCACGCGAGGCGACGAAAAACAAAAAGAUGUUAAACAGAGGAGCGACCAUGAAUUGAAAGUCGAGUUAUAUACAAAAAAUGUACAUCAUAAUAUUCAGAUAUGAUUCAUUAUAUAUUAUAUCAGCAGUCAAUAAAAAUGGGUAACGAAGAGGGAUAUAACACAGAAUAAAAAAAAAUACAAAACGAAUUUUAAUGUGAAACAGCUUAGGGUCUAAAGUUUGAAGUCGACGUAGAAGGCUACUAAAAAAAGCGACGUAAGAGAAGGUAAACAUAUUUCUUAUAAUAUUCUUUAUACAGUAGCGAUCACAAUAACGGUAUGCAUUACUGAAUAAAAGUACUAUUUAUUGAAUGAACAAGUAGAA